AUGGGAAGGGUCCUGCUCAUCGUGAAUUCGAAUAGCGGGGAUGGUGUUACAGGAAAACGUCUCAUUGAGGGCGUCGUUUGCCCGAUCCUAUCCAAUGCCGGGGUUGGCUUCAGCUUACACUUUACAUCAUCUGCUGAAGAGGCAGGAAAUCUCGCGGAACUGCACAUAGCAUCCUCAUCGGAGUCAGGAAGACCCACAAUUCUGGUUGCAGGAGGCGAUGGGACUCUUCAUGACUUGGUCAACGUCCUGCAUACCAGGGCGGGCAGCCCCAGGUCGACGUUUCCGGGUGUUGAUUUUGUGCUCAUCCCCACUGGAACUGCAAAUGCUUUGUACCACUCAUUCUACCCUCCGGAUGACCCCCUGCGCACUUAUUCCAACAUACCCAACGACAUUCAAGAGGAAGACCUGUCAAAGCUGAAGUCCCUCAUAUCGUACCUUGAAAAGACGGGACGACGAGAGCUCGCGGUGGCCCGGACGUCUAUACACCAGCCAGAUUCUACUCAGCCUCCAUGCACUAUCCUCUCUCUUGUGGUAAAUUCUACAUCUCUUCACGCCGCAACCUUGGAUACUGCUGAAAAGUAUCGCUCCACGAUUCCGGGCAUCGAGCGCUUCAAGGUUGCAACUGCCGAGAAUAUCACGAGGUGGACAAAUGCCGAAGUUCAGUUCUUGCCGAGUGGCGACACGAACAAAUUCGUCCCCGCCCAAGAUUCCGCGGACCCUGUGUCUAUAAAUGGUCCAUUCUUCUACUUCUUGUCGACGAUAAAUGUCGAUCGCCUCGAGCCCGAAUUCGUCACGACGCCCUUGGUCAGGCGAAAACCAGCGGCGUCGAAUCAAGCGCUGGAUUUGGUCGUGAUCCGGCCGACCCGAAACCCUAAGUAUGCGGGCGAAAUCGAAGGGGCACGUCAAGCUUUUGUUCAACUAGCUCUUCCAUGGUUCAAGGCCGUAUACAACGGUGGAAAGCAUUUAGACAUCGCUUAUGAAUCGGAGGGAGAGCUGGUGUAUAUGACGGAAUACUAUAGGGCAGGGGGCUGGAGGUGGACCCCGAAGGACGAUGACUAUGCAUCCAGCCUCGUUUGCGUUGACGGAACUAUCGUCAAAAUCCCUGCAGGUGGAUACGCGGUAGCGGAUGUUUUGCCUAGGUGGCCAAGCGGGGAUGGCUUUAAUGUAUGGGUUUGA